CUGACGGGGAAGACGAUCACGCUCGACGUCGAGCCCAGCGACACCAUCGACAACGUGAAGCAAAAAAUCCAAGACAAGGAGGGCAUCCCGCCGGACCAGCAGCGGCUCAUUUUUGCCGGGAAGCAGCUCGAGGACGGCCGGACCCUGAGCGACUACAACAUCCAAAAAGAGUCGACGCUGCACCUCGUGCUCCGGCUGCGCGGCGGGAUGCAAAUUUUCGUCAAGACCCUGACGGGGAAGACGAUCACGCUCGACGUCGAGCCGAGCGACACCAUCGACAACGUGAAGCAAAAAAUACAGGACAAGGAGGGCAUCCCGCCGGACCAGCAGCGGCUCAUAUUCGCCGGGAAGCAGCUCGAGGACGGCCGGACCCUCAGCGACUACAACAUCCAAAAGGAGUCG